AUGUUCAGCCACACGAUCAAGCGAAGGAGGUUGAGCGAGUCUCCUGGUGGAUCUUCCCGCACAGGAACCUCAGCAGUGUCAGAACAAGAUUCCAGCGCAAACCGACCGGUCAAAGCCGCAGCCUCCAGCAGCUUGAAGCAUGAGGGUUCCUCGAAGCCACCCAGACAUACUAGAAGCGGUGCGAUAAAGGAAAUGGCACUUGCUAAUGGACUCUACAAAUCUAGCUUUUUCAAGCUACAACUGGACGAAUUGAUUACUGAGUCAAGGCCAUCUUACGAUAAGCAGCUCUCCACAAUCAAAGAUACUCUCCAUGAACUGAAAGAUUUGAUCGAGAGCAUGCCAGAAAGAUCGGCAAAACCGGCGUUAGAAGCUGAGAAGGAGAUGCGUCAAUUGCAUGGAGUUACCGUUCCGUAUCCUGAACCGCGGCCCGGAAAGGAUACCAAAUACACAGUUAUGUUUGCUCGACCUGCGAAUAUCAAUGUUGUUGGAAGCUUCGCACUACGAACAGGUUUGAAGACAACAGCGCCAUAUGUUGUUGACAUGUCUGUGACAAUGCCAAGCUCAAUUUUCCAGGAAAAGGACUAUACCAAUUUUCGGUACUUCCACAAAAGAGCGUACUACAUUGCAUGCAUUGCUGCCGGAAUCAAAGACAAAAAGAGCACUGCUCUAGACAUAAAGUACGAAUUUCAGGAUGGGGAUGCACUUCGUCCAACAAUUUUACUACAGCCAGCAGCCACAAAGUCUGGUCACGGACGCUCGAAGUUCCAGAUCCGCAUCAUCACGGCAGUCGAAGACACCUUGUUUCCUAUCUCGCGUACCCUUCCGAUGAAAAAUAACAUUCGACGCGGCGAGGAGGGAGAGAGCAAGAGUGUGCCUACUCCAUUUUAUAAUUCAUGCCUCCGUUCAGAGGCCACUGUUGCUCUCUAUCACAAACUCUUAUCGUCAGCUUCUCAAAGCUGCGAAUCCUUCAAAGAUGCAUGCCUUCUAGGCCGCGUAUGGUUAAAACAGCGCGGUUUCGGCUCAUCUUCGCACAAAGGCGGUUUCGGCGGCUUUGAGUGGUCAGUACUCAUGUCAUUUCUACUUGAAUCAGGAGGCCCAAAUGGGAAGCCAGUUCUUCUUCCUUCCUACAACAGCUACCAGUUAUUUAAGGCAACUAUACAGUUUCUCGCUGGCAAGGAUCUAACGGAGCCUCUAUUGCUCUCUGCGUCUGACGUUUCGUUCGUUAGCAAAGAUCCCGUCAUCUACGACGGCAAAAGAGGGUUGAAUGUUCUGUACAAGAUGACACAAUGGUCUUACUUCUUCCUUCGCCGGGAAGCAGGAACAACACUCCGAAUGUUAAAUGAGUCUCGAGACGACAAUUUUGAAAAAGUUUUUAUCCUCAACAUUGAUGAACCGUUGCUCAGAUUUGAUCGACUCGUUACACUUCCAGCUAUAGGGAAUGAUGGACUCGCAUUAUUCCACAAGGAACGUGAGAUCUACGAAGUGCUUUUGAGAGCAUUGGGUGAUAGGGUGGAUCUCAUAUACAUCUCCACUUCUCCUACUAGCGCUUGGUCAGUGGAAAUCAAAGGGCAGCGGAAGUCAAUGGCGCGCAGCUUUUAUGUGGGCUUGGUCUUAAAUUCUGAGAAUGCUACGCGUGUCGUAGAUCAUGGGCCAUCUGCGGAGGAGAAGGAAGCAGCUGCAUCAUUUCGGGCAUUUUGGGGCGAAAAAGCUGAGCUAAGGCGCUUCAAAGACGGCAGUAUCCGCGAGAGUUUAGUAUGGUCUGAGAACUCCUCGUCAAUUGUGCAUCAAAUUCUUCUCCACAUCUUGAAACGCCAUUUUAAUUAUGGUGAGGGCAGUAUAGGCUAUGUCGGAGACGAAUUUGAUGGACAGCUCCUGAAAAACGGCGAUGGAGUAAUUUCAUAUUCAAACUCUGCUUUUCAGAUAAUCAGCGAUGCUUUCAAUAGUCUGGAAAAGUCCAUUCAGACUAUGGAAGGGGUCCCUUUGACUGUGAGGCAUCUAGCACCGGCUAGUUCGUUGCUUCGAUACACUGCAUUGCGCGUGGAUCGGAACCAUGGCGCUGUUCCUGUUAACGUCGUGCUGCAAUUCGAGAGUUCGGCGAGAUGGCCAGACGACCUUGUAGCCAUCCAGAUGACAAAGGUUGCUUUCCUUGCGAAGAUUGGCGAUGCUCUGACCGAUUUUGGUGACUUCUCUUCGGCUCGAGUCGGUUUGGAGAACGAGCAAAGCAAGAUACUAAAUAACGCAUUCCUAGAUGUUACUCAUGCGUCUGGAAUUGUGUUCCGCCUGAGAAUUCAUCACGACCGAGAGCAAACACUUCUUGAACGCCAGGUCAAAGAGCAAGGCAAGAGUCCUCAAGGGAAGCAGGAGAUCGCGUAUGCACUUUCUGCCUACAAGCGACUCUUUAUUCAUAGCCCUCGUCUCUCGCAAGCCGUUAGAACAUUAUGCACUCGUCUUCCUCUUCUAUCCCCUACCAUACGUCUUCUCAAAUACUGGUUUAGCUCCCAUCUCUUCGACGCGCACAUCAACGAAGAACUCAUUGAGCUGAUGUCGGUACGGACAUUUACUCAGCCACAUCCUUGGGAGACACCAUCAAGUGUAAUGACUGGUUUCCUCAGGACGUUGCACUUAAUUUCACGCUGGGACUGGCAACAGGAGCCGCUUAUUGUUGACCUAGGUGGCGAACUGGAUCAGGCCACAAUCGAAUUGAUUCGGACACGUUUUGUUGCCUGGCGAAACAUCGACCCAGCAAUGAAUAGCGUGUCUAUGUUCACUGCUUCCGACGUUGACCCUGAAGGUGUAACGUGGACACAGUACGAAAUGCCUCCAAAAGUGGUAGCUGCACGAAUUUGCACCCUUGCAAAGGCAGUGAUGAAGCUCGUACGGGAACAGGGCAAUCGACUGGAUAUAUCGCAGCUGUUCCUUCCUGCGCUCGAACCUUACGACUUUGUUAUUCACUUGCACCCGAAGCUGCUGCAUGAACGCUCAUCCUCAUUUAUCAAGUUCAAGAAUCUCAGCGCAGCGGGAGAUUCCGCGCAACUUCAAAAGCAAGCGGCUGUUAGGGCAUUUGUUUGUGAUUUACAGGCUUGUUUCAGUCCUAAUAUCCUCUUUUUCUGGGGUGCUGAGCAACCCAACAUCGUUGCCGGGCUCUGGAACCCACAGACUUUGAAGAAGAACUGGAGCUUAGGACUCACAUACUCGACAAUGCCUGAAGGGAUGAGUAGCCCUGCUUCGGACUGCAGCGUUUCCAUCAAUCGUACGGCCAUGAUUAAUGAGAUAUCUAGGUUAGGGUCGGACAUGGUUUCUCGGAUCGAAGUCCACGAAAAGUGAACGACAUUAUGUUGUUAUAUGUAGGUUAGUGGUUGUGAUUCAUUGUUGUUUGAAAUGAUACCUGGAAGCGCCGUUGCAAUGCUAUAUAUCACCAAACAAGACAUUACUGGAGAGAAGAGAGAAAGGAAGGAUGAAAACUGAGGGUAAAAGACCAUUAAACAGAUCAAGUCAAUUCACUA